UUUUCUGAAAAACGCAUGCGUAUUGCUUGUUUAUUGGUUAUAACCUUUAAUUACUGCGAAUUAAAUUAAAUUUGCAAAAUUUUUAUUUUGCGACAUCAUUAUUGAAUUUGGGAUAAUAUAUGACUAAAGUAAUUUUUUGGGUUAUCAAUGCACUUGAAUCAUUUGAAGUGUCAUCGUUUAAUUACUUAAAAAACUUACAACUUUCAUUUGUCGCAUGCAAUGCAUGGGAGGGGAUAAAAAAGGUGAGGAAAUGCAAUGUGUGUGAAUAUUGUACAACUGCUAUUUUGCGGGGGUACCUUUCGCGAUGUAAAGUAGCGAAUAAAUUUGCUUUCGGUUCAAUUUCAAUGUGGUAUCUGUGACCAGUACGAUCACAUGUUUGAUUACGAACAUUACUUACUUCAGUACUAGUUGUUAUCAUCAUACAUAAACGUUGAGAUAACUCUUUCUUUUGCAGUUAAAUGUGUGCCGCAUGAAAGAAGUGUUUAAUUGUAGAUAAUCGUCUGUCGUAAGUAAUAAUUGCAAUCAACUCUAAAAAGUGUUACGAAAAUCGUGAAAUAAAAAAAACCGACAAAUCUUUUACGAUAACUUAAUAAAAAAAUUGUUUCUAAAUUUGCGGGCUAAUUUUUCAAGCUUCGAAAAGCUAAACAACCUAAAAAACUUUUCUGAUGAUCAGGGUGUGAUCCCGGUAAGUUUUUUUUAUUCCACCUGUCUUCCUGAGUUAACCCUUGGGAGAACAUGGACAUUGAAGAUUACGAAUCAUUACCAACGACGUCUGUUGGCGUAAACAUGACUGCCGGUGCCUUUGCUGGAAUUAUGGAGCACUGCAUCAUGUAUCCAGUUGAUAGUGUCAAGGAAGUUGCUGACAGACCAUGUGGAUGAUUCUAAUAAACAUGAGUAAAAGGAUUCUUUUUCCUCCAAUAUUCCCCGACUUAAUUUAAAUUAAUCACUAUCAAAGUCUUGAAAGAAAUAGUCUUCACGUUUUUUCCUCAUGGAACGCUUUUUAUUUCUCAGAAAUCAUUGAUAUGUUCAACCGUGUGACGAAUUAUAUUACAAGUGUUGUUCAUACAAAUGUUGAUAGAGUUUUCUGUUACCUAUUCAUCUAUAAUCUUCUAUUAUAAAUGAUGUUGUUAUUAUCUUUUAUUCUUUUUUUUAUAAAAUAUCCUAUUGAGAGAAGCAAAAACUAUUUGAUUGUUGUCGAUAAUAAUCUUAUAAAUAACUUACUGACGUUUUUCAAUUGCGAGAAUUUAUUUUCCUCAACUUUACAUCAUGUUGAUAGUUAGUAUAUUCCAUCAGACUUUCGAGAAAUAGUAACACUAUUUCAAAUGCUGGUUUUUCUCCAACUUUUGUCCAUUUUUUUGUCACAAGGCUGCAAAUGUUGAAUCCAGAACCAGGAGUAAAGAGAUCAAUUUUCACCAUUUUUCGAAAAAUGAUACGUGAUGAAGGAGUGUUCAGACCAAUAAGAGGAAUGGGUGCAAUGGUUGUUGGAGCUGGACCAGCUCAUGCUUUAUACUUUUCAUGUUACGAGUUUCUAAAAAAUCGAAUGAUUGCAAAAACAACCUCACAAGUGAAUCAUCUAGUCUAUGGAGCAGCUGGUUGCGUGGCGACAUUACUUCAUGAUGGUGUUAUGAACCCUGCAGAAGUUGUUAAACAACGAUUACAAAUGUAUAAUUCUCCAUAUACAAACGUACUGAACUGUAUUCAUCAUAUAUAUAAAACAGAAGGAGUUUUUGCAUUUUAUCGUAGCUAUACAACUCAAUUAGCUAUGAAUGUACCAUUUCAAAGUAUACAUUUUAUCGCUUAUGAAUUUGGACAAACAGUAUUGAACCCAGAUCACCAAUAUAACCCAACAGCUCAUAUGGUUGCGGGAGGAAUGGCAGGAGCAGUAGCAGCAGCUGUAACUACGCCUCUAGAUGUUUGUAAAACCGUCUUGAACACGCAACAAGGCGGAGUUCAGAUUCAGGGGAUGGUUCAUGCUUUUAAAACCGUUUAUAGGUUUGCUGGUAUUCAAGGAUACUUUCGUGGUCUCAAUGCACGAAUCAUUUAUCAGAUGCCUGCUACCGCAAUUUGCUGGUCCACGUAUGAAUUCUUCAAAUAUAUUCUGGCACGCAGACAAGACGAUUUGUGUUUCAAUGCAGAUGUUGAAGGGAGCACUAGUAUAAGCUCAUCCAGUCUAUCGCAAUUGUCGACAUCGAGAGCUGUCAGUGAUAGCAGCAGCUUUCGAGGAACGACAUUAUUCAAUAACAAAUCACCUGGAUCUGUGCUACUUGAAGUAACACAAAGUUAGACAUGUAGAAGUUUUAAAUUCAGUUAACUUUUAUAUUUCGAGAGUUUAUUAAUGAUAAAUAUUUUGUUAAGAAUUAUCGGAUAUUGAUUGUAAAUGACAUGCAAACAAUUUUUUGGUAAUAAGGACGAAAAAAAGGAUAUUUAUUGAGUGAUAAUAGAAGAGUUUGAUGAGGAAUCAAGUGCAGGCACUACCUCAUUAUUUGGAAAAAAAAUAUCUGACAAUUUUUUUGAUUUGUUCAAUAUCUUAUUUUAUUGAAAAAAACGCACUUUGAUAUUAGUAACACAGUGAUAAUAGAAAUAGCGGUAAUAAAUAAUUCGACAAAAAUGGUAUAUUCACUGCUCUACUCAAUUAAAAGUGAAUUUCAGGUUAUUGCGAGUGCAAAAUAUGUAUGUUAAUAUUACUUGCCAUUAACAUAAAAGUGAUUCGAUUUCUUACUUUGCAAAAAAGAACAUUUAAAUUACGAUUCUUUAAUUUGAAAAGGUGUAAAUAUUUAUUAGAAAUUGUGACUUGAGCUUCAUAGCAAGCCCCUUUUUUCUUUAUUGCGUUAUUUAUUUCUAUAAAUCUAUAAAAUAUUUAGGUGUUAUUUUUGUUUAAUAAAAUUUAAAA